AGAAAGAACAAAAAAAGUUGAACGAUGUUGUGCGGCAUAAGAAACUGCAUGCCAUCCGUGGUGAGACGUAUCUCAUUGUUUCGCCAGAACAACAAGCGGUACCAGAUAAAUAACAACAGCGAGUUCGUGAACAAGGUCAUGAACGGCGCGGUGCCGGUUAUAGUCAAUUUCCACGCGGAGUGGUGCAACCCGUGCAGGAUACUGACGCCCAAGCUGAUAGAGCUCAUAGAGCCUAUGGACAAGGUGGACCUGGCCAUAGUCGACGUGGAGACGAAUCCCGAGCUGGUGCACGUAUUCGAGGUGAAGGCCGUGCCCGCGGUGAUAGCGAUCUCGAACGGCCUAGUCGUGGACAAGUUCAUCGGUUUAGUCAACAACGAGAUGAUAGAGAGUUUAAUACAAAAGCUGACGCACGAAGGACCACUAGCCAACGACGCGGAGGGCAACGACACCAAAUCGUAGUCGUGUGACGGCAUAUGGUAUAAAUUAUGUAAAUGCACCACUUUUUACGCUUCCAUUUCUCUCUAUCGACUAAAUGUAUUUUCAUACUUGUAGAGAGAAUGUAACACUUGAAGCUAUUUCGUCCAAGAAUUAUGGCCUUUUUUUAUCUAAUCAUACUCAGAUAAGCAUCGUAGAUAAAAAAAAUUUUAGAUAUAAAUA